AUGGCGACCACUGCUCAGCUGUUCGAGGAGCCCUUUGAUGCAGAUGAGUACAUUGAGAGACUGGCCUGGAGGACCCCGGGAGGGGGCUCCAAGGGAGGAGCAGAGGCCUUUGACCCCAAAAGACUGUUAGAAGAAUUUGAGAGCCAUAUAGAGGAGCUGAAACAGCUCGAUGAGAAAAUUCAGCGAAAAGUGGAGAAACUUGAACAUCAGUGCCAUCGAGAAGCAAAGGAGUUUGCUCACAAAGUGCAGGACCUGCAAAGGAACAACCAGGUGGCCUUUCAGCACUUCCAGGAGCUGGAUGAACACAUUAGCUAUGUGGCCACCAAGGUGUGCCAUCUCGGAGACCAGCUGGAGGGGGUGAACACGCCCCGACAGCGAGCUGUGGAGGCACAGCGGCUUAUGACCUACUUCAAUGAGUUCCUGGAUGGAGACCUCCGCAGUGAUGUGUUUCAUAACCCAGACAAGAUCAAGGAGGCGGCAGACAUCAUUCAGAAGCUGCACCUGAUCGCCCAGGAGCUGCCGUUUGACCGGUUUUCAGAUGUUAAGGCCAAAAUAGCAAGUAAAUAUCACGACUUGGAGCGACAGUUAAUCCAAGAGUUCACAACAGCCCAGCGCCGUGGCGAGAUCGGACGAAUGAGGGAAGUGGCAGCAGUUUUAUUACAUUUCAAGGGUUAUGCACAUUGUGUGGACGUCUACAUCAAGCAAUGUCAAGAAGGAGCGUACAUGAGGAACGACGUGUUUGAGGACACCGCGGCGCUCUGUCAGAGGGUCAACAGUCAGGUGGGCGAGGUGUUCAGCAGCCCCGAGACCGUCAUGGCCAAACUCAUCCAGAACAUCUUUGAGAACAAACUACAGGCUCACGUAAAAGAGAAACUGGACAGCACGCGGCACUCCGAUGUGGAACAAUACCUCAAGAACCUCUACGACCUGUACACACGAACGACUGCUCUGGCCACUAAACUCUCAGAGUUCAACCUGGGCUCUGACAAGCACACGUUCCUGUCCAAACUCAUCAAGAGCAUCUUCUCCUCGUACCUGGAGAGCUACAUGGACAUGGAGAGGGACUACCUGCGCACUCGGGGAGGGAUGAUCCUGCAGCGCUACUACGACUCCAAGAACCACCAGAAGAGGCCCAUCGGCACGGGAAGUAUCCAGGAGCUGAAGGAGAGGAUCAGACAGCGCACCAAUCUGCCCCUGGGUCCCAGCAUUGACACCCACGGAGAGACCUUUCUGUCCCCAGAGCUGGUGGUCAACCUGCUGCAGGAGACCAGGCAUGCGUUUGAGAGAUGCCACAGGCUCUCAGACCCUGCAGACCUGUCUCGACACGCCUUCUCCAUCUUUCUCUUGUUAGUGGAACAUCUGUGUGUGGACCACAUAGAUUACGCUCUGGAGAUUGGCCUGGCCGCCAUCCCAUCAGCUGACGCCAAAAACGCAAACUUGUACUUCCUGGAUGUGGUUCAGCAAGCCAACUCCAUCUUUCACUUGUUCGAUAAGCAGUUCAAUGACCAGCUAAUGCCACUAAUAAGCUCAUCACCAAAGUUGGCCGAGUGCCUGCACAAGAAGAAGGAGGUGAUCGAACAGAUGGAGGUGAAACUGGACAACGGGAUCGACAGAACGCUGAACUGCAUGGUGGGGCAGAUGAAGCACAUCCUGGCAACAGAACAGAAGAAGACGGAUUUCAGGCCUGAAGACGAGAACAACGUCAUGAUCCAAUACACUGCAGCCUGCUCCAAAGUCUGUGUGUACGUGAGGCGUCAGGUGGAGCACGUGAGGAAGUCCAUGGACGGGAAGAACGUGGACACGGUGCUGACGGAGCUGGGCGUCCGCUUCCACCGCCUCAUCCACGAGCACCUGCAGCAGUUCAGCUACAGCUCCAUGGGCGGCAUGCUCGCCAUCUGCGACGUGGCCGAGUACAGACGCUGCGCCAAGGACUUCCGGGUCCCGUUGGUUCUCCAGCUCUUCGACACGCUCCACGCCCUCUGUAACCUCCUGGUGGUUGCCCCUGACAACCUGAAACAAGUGUGUUCCGGAGAGCAGCUCACAAACCUGGACCGGAACCUGCUCCACGCCUUCGUGCAGCUGCGCGUGGACUACCGGCAGUCCAGGCUGGGGCGCCACUUCAGCUAG